UUUGCUGAGAGGGCUGUUUGUGCCCCUGAGAGAGAGAGAGAGAGAGAGAGAGAGAAGUGGUAGCAAAUAUCCAUGGCUACCACAUCCAUAUCUCUAUCCCCACCACCACCAACUUCCUCCCAUUUUCUCAAGCCAAGCCAUUCCCAAUUCCUCAGAACAACCCUGAAACCAUCCUUCCAUUUAUCCUCCCCAAUAACGACAACCAAACGGACCUUAACUUUCAUCACCCCAAAUGAUAAUCUCAACCACAGAAGCACCCCAACUUGGCAAAUCAGCGCCACCGCCUCUGCUGAAUCCGUGCCUGCAGAAGCCUCCGUGCCACUUGAGACUGCGCAGGAGAUAGUGGCCUCUAGUGACGAAGGAGUGUCUGUCGCAAUUUCUGUUCUUCUUUUCGUCGCCUUUGUUGGUCUCUCCAUCCUCACCAUUGGGGUGAUAUACCUAGGUGUGACAGAUUAUCUGCAGAAGAGGGAGAGAGAGAAGCUUGAGAAAGAUGAGGAAACUAACAAGAAGAAGAGUGGGAAGAAGAAGAGGGUGAGAGCAAGAGCUGGCCCUAAGGGAUUCGGCCAAAAGAUUACUAUCGAUGAAGAAGAUGAUGACUGAGAUGCCAUUGCUCGUUGUAAGAUUCCUUUAAAACAUUUGCUGUAGAUUUUAAAUAGUAGAGUUAUGAAGUUGACACUUCGUUUUGAUGAAAACCUUAGUUGUGGUA